UCUACGUUGUGAGUACUUGGAGAUAUAGUCGUGCAGCGUGCAUGAUGCUGUAUCACCUGUUGCUGCAGACAGUAAAGACACAACAGUCAGCAGGUGUGUCACGUGGUCAGCCUCACCUCCUGCUGUAUGAUCUUGGGUUUGAUCAUCAUGACCGUUAUGACGUGGAGAAGGCCGUCAACGAUUUGUCACAAGCAGCAAGAGGAGGGUCGUUGUACGUCAUCGCUGAUGAAGUGAGCGGGUCAAAAUACUUCGACACUGUGUGGGACAAGCUGCUGACACAAGUUCCUCAUCUCCAUCUUUGGGCGGCAAGUUGUUUCCAUGGAGACGCACCCACUGGCUGGCAAGUGGAAUAUUUAACCAGACCCCUCCGCUCUCCACCGGCCGUCGUCAGGGAAGUCGAGCAUAAGGACAGGCAUUUUGAUGGCGGUCAUGUUCAGCCGUACAGUGAGCGAGGUGUGCCCGACCACACAGACGGCCCGCCAGUCAGACGAGUUUAUCAUCGAGGUCAAGGUCACUCAGGUGACAGGCCAGCUGACUGUGUGACGUGCGGUCGUGACGUGGCCAGCUUCCUACACAGUCUCCGUGUUGGUGUUACAGAGAAUGUCACGACAACAGCCACGACCGUCACCUCCACCAACGGCGCCACUACACCGCCCUGCCUACAGUGGAGAGACGUGAUGAUGUUGUUAGACUUGUUAAACAUUAGAGACGACUCGGGUAUGAUGAAGGGACUUACAGAAGCGGGUAUCCCAGUGCGGGUGAUGAAGGACGAUGACAUGGAGGACGUGGCCACGGCCCGCAGUGACGUGGUGUGGGUGACGAGUGGAUUUCAUGUUUGUGGUCUGGAGAGAAAAGUCGUCGUCUGUCUGCAGUAUCAUGAUGCAGUCCGGCUGCACUCCAUGUCCCGGUGUACGUCACAACUUGUGAUUGUCUGCUCUUAAAACAAACCGAAAAGUAUGUGACGUAAUCACCUUGUGACGUCAUUCACAUGUUGUGUACUACACAUUUACUUACAACAGGAGGUGCAGUCGGUAUCUCUCUUCAGACAACACUAGUGUAAACAUCAACCCUAUACAAUGGGUGUUGUUUACACAACUAGUGUUGACAUCAUUAUCACUCUGCAGACACACUGAGUCUUGUUUGCUUUACCUUAAGGUCAGGGUUAGAGGGUGAAGUUGAUGACCUCCUGUUACCACAAGACUGACCAGUAAACUGUUACAUCUAAAAUGUCGGCUUGAAUAUAUCGAAUCAAGAUUGUUUAGCAACAAAAAUAAUCAACAUCCUUAGAAUGAGUGUUUGUUAGAAAUAACAUGUCAACACUGAAGCGUUUGAUUGUUGACAUCCUGCACUGUUGUUGUUGCUGUUGAAAUGUAGCAGAUGUAGAUGUGUGUCGGAGCAUAGCUUAUUGAAGUAACACAACACUAUCAGUUUGUCGUAACCUGUCUCUAUAUGUUACUCAGUCAACCGUGCAACCUGGAGUCAACCGACACACUAUAGACCCCAGAAAGUAACAUGUUAAAAUGUCAUCAUGAUCAUGAGGAAAACAAACGAACAAGAACUAUUGCUGCUUACGAACUUUGUUCAUUGAAAAAUAAAUGUACCAACAAAUUCUUCGACCAACAUAAUUAAAAAAAUUAACAAAGUCUAGUGAACUUAUCCAGUGGAUAUGAUGCGCUCUGUUGACGGACUUCACUACAACACAAUCACCACAAACAUCUCAGGCAGGCAUGGGACCUCCAUUGCCCUCCUGCAUGAACUAGCGGCUCAAAGUUUCUGUCAUCUCCUGGCCUCCUGUUGUCCCUGGCAACAACUCAUUAGGAGCAUCCUCUUCGCUGUCCUGCUCUGCCCAUGCUGUCACGUGUUUUGCUGCUAUUUCAGGAACAAGUCAUCAUCAUCAUCAUUCCUUGCUACUCCUCGAGGAGCAUAGGGCCGCAACAACACCUCGCCAGCGAACCCGGUUUUGGGCACCCUCCCUCAGUUGGGCCCAUGUGGUUCCGGCAGCCUUUGCCUCGCUCUCUACUGAUCUUCUUCAGGAACAAGUGCAAACAUCGUAAUCUCUAUUUUCAUCAAAGCAUUGAAACUCGAUGUCGAUGGAUAAUAAUUCCUGGUGAUUCUGGAACUGUUUAAGUUCUGUCAACAUGUUCACUAUGUCAAGUGCACUGAUCCCAUGAAAACAGGUCCAGGGGCUAGGGAAAGCUUGAAAGAUAUUUUAAGUCGUGAGAGCUAAGUAACGGCUUUCACCCGUUUAAAGGCAGUGUGGUGAAAUAGCAAGGGUGAGGACUGAAUGCAGCAGGCAAAGUCACUAGCGAUGCUUUUCCCAUUCACCUAGCUGCCAUGUGACCCCAUGUCGUGAUGUUGAAUGUGAAGCAGCAAGAGGGAGAGAACAGGGGCGCCGUCUAAUAAAACAAAACUAUGAUGACGGGAACAGCAAAUGGAAGUGUAUCUAGAAAAUAUAACUAACCUCCGUACGACUGGAUGUGAAGUAAUAAAGAACAAUUAUACUUUUGUAA